AUGCCAUCAGCUGGUUGCAAACGCACUCGCUCGAAGUCUGAUCAGACCGGGCCUCUACUACAGACGCGUCGUUUGACACGCAAUAGGGGCAGGACUGCAGUGACAAACAUCGCGGCCAAAAACAGCGAAUUCACGAUCGAGUCGCGACCGCCUCACAAUUCUCAAGCUUGCUUUACUGACCUCCCAGCGGAAUUGAGGCUUGAAAUCUACUCUCAUCUCCGCGACAUAAUCAGGAUUCACGUCCAUUGCCGGCAAAAGCGAAAACUUGAUAUAUUUACUUGGACUCCAUGUCGCUCAUCGAGCACGAUAUCGCCGCUGCUAUGUGCCAAUCCGAAGUGGUCUGGUGUGCGCUCAGAGGACGAGCGCUGCACUUAUAGGCUCGGCUCUUUGGCGGUGCUGAGAGGUGCUUGGGCUCUCGCAGCAUCGAACAAGAUGAUCCGUAACGAGGCGCAGGAUAUGUUCUUUCGCGACAGUGUUGUCUCUGUCCAAGCCCAAGAUUUGGAAGUUUGGCUAGAUCAUCUCGCUAUGAAGAAUCCUCGCCAUUUAAACAGACUGCAGCGUUGUCAAAGCCCAGUCUGGCAACGGUUCCGCAACCAUGCGCAGACUGGACCCAUGCUCGAUUACAAGAGAUGGCACGAAUGGAGCAUAGUAGAUUUUGUGCGCGAUUUUGAUCCUGCAGUUACGAUUGCUCUCGAGACGACGGUCUCGAAACGGCCGCACCCCUUUUCGGAGCCCAAUGGGGUUGAGCAACAGAUUAAAAUCCGAAUAGUUCGUACAGGCAAAAGCAUCGAGAACGCGUCUGAUUGUAGCUGGACGGAGGAAGACACGGAAAUCGAUGUGGCUCAAUCAGACCAACUUGUUCCGUGUAGAGAUGACGAGAAAUGGCGGCAGUGGUGGGCCAAGAAGGGCAGAGGACCGAUGCACUGGACCGUAGUAUCGCCGCAUAGGCAGUUCUGA